UAACCUCUAUUUUUGUGCGAAUUUUUCUUGUUUUGUGUGUUUUUUUUUUAAAAUCUUCUCUGAAUUUCCGGAUAAAAUUAAUACAAAAAACGAGAAAUAGCCGUGCAAAUGAGACUAGGAAGAUGGAUGAAUUGUUUACGCCAAUUCUCAUCAUACGUACAAGGACAAUCACCGGAAAAGAACAUCCGGGAAUACUUUUAUUUUAUUGAUCACGAAGGAAGGCUCUAUUUAGAUGAUGCACGUAUGAAGAAUUUCACGUCCUGCUUCAAAGACAAGAAGUUCCUUCAUUUCUUCUUCACUCGUGUUCGGCUGAACAACACUGACCGCUAUUCCGGGAGUUUCCCGUACCUGUCUCCUUGUGGACGUGAGAGGAAUUUCAUCCGGUGUGAUGAUCUACCUAUUGUCUACACCCACACCAUGGAGGAUGGGAUGAAACUCUCCUACAAUCAUGCAGGAGACUUGUUGACUGUACCCUUUCAACCAGAUAAGAUUUUUAUGUCUCCCGACACGGGACGUGUAUACCAUCCGGCCAUUGAGAGGUACGGAUCAAUAGGCUUGAUCCGUUCAAAACUAGCCAUUGAGUUCAGCAAGAAUUUCGACUUCCAAGAUGGUGAAGCGCAGCCUCCAACACAUUUCACAUGGAAAGGGACAAAGUUUGAGCUGGAUCGGGAAUGGGUAAGUAAAACGAUCUUACUACAGAGAUCGCUUUAGUGGAAGAAUAAAAAUGUGAUCUUUCGUUAAUUUUGUAGAAGCAUUUAUUAUUUUUUUUUUAAUUAUACUUGCCAAUAAAUUGGUGUAAUACAA